AUGGUUUGCAAACAGCAAAGCUUGGCUCUAGAAAAUGAGCUUUUAAGAACGGAGAUUGAAAAACUGAAAGCAGUUGCCUCGAAUUGUCUUGGAAGAACAAUCCCCUUGUUAGAAACCAGAGCAGAUCAAUCACAGAUGAUGUACUCUUCACACCAUGAAGAGGGAAGCUCAGGACAGAACCAGAUUACAUUGCCCACACCCACUUGUGUUUCAUUGGAUGAAUCCUCGGCAAUGGAAGCUGCGCAAAAGGCCACUGAAGAAUUUAUCUGGAUGGUAGACGCAAACGAGCCUGUUUGGGUGAAGAAACCUUUUGCGGAUGGUACAAUAAAAAUUCUGAAUACCAAUGAGUUGUACGGAACAUUUCCUCAGGGCAUGGGGCUCAGCAGCAACAUGAAGAGAGAAGGCAGCAGGGACACCUCAAUUGUUUCUAUCACAGGAGCUGAAUUGGUUGAUCUCUUCAUGGAUGUGAAUAAAUGGAAGAAAAUAUUUUCAUUAAUUGUAACAAGAGCAGGGACCUUGCAAGUUGUGUCUCAAGGGGUUGGUGGUCACAGAAAUGGUUUACUUCAACUGAUGUAUGCUGAGCUACAGAUUCUAUCUCCUCUUGUUCCCACGAGACAUAUAUCUUUUCUUCGGUUUUCCCAGCAGCCAACCAAUGGAAUGUGUAUAGUGGUAGACUUUUCUCUAGAAAAUUUGAACUACAGUAUUUCGCCCUCCGUUGGAUGGUACCAUAAGCAUCCGUCUGGAUGUGUUAUACAAGAUAUGCCUAAUGGGUGUUCAAAGGUGAUUUGGAUAGAGCAGGGUGAGACAGAUUAUAGAAUAGUUCAUAAAAUAUUUGAGCAAGUCAUCAACAGCGAAAUGGCCUUUGGCGCCCAGCAUUGUCUGACAUGCUUGCAGAGGCAAUGCUGUUGGUUUAAAACUCUAGUAGAUCUCACCAGCGAAGGAGCUGUUUACCGGACAAAUAUGAUAAGAUUGGCGCAGAACAUAAGCAGUCAAUUUGUUGCAAACAUAAUCCUUUAUUCUGUGAAGUACAAACUAUUAUCAUGUGGAGAAUGGAAGGAACUCACAAGCAUUGGAAAUGGAUCAGACCCUUCAAAUUGCAUUUCAUUGUUUGCUGUUUAUUGUGAAGGCGAGACAGAGAAGAUGCUGAAACAAAGUUACAGAGACGCAUCGGGGUCUUUUUGUGUGUAUACAGCCAUUAAUGUUGACAUCAUCCAUGGUAAGGAUGCUUCUUCAUUACCCAUUGCCGCUCAUCAUGGAUUUGCAGUACUACCAUAUCAUACUUCAACUGCCGUUAAUUCACUUAUACCAACCACUAUAUUACAUGAGGAAGCCUCGGCCACCAGCCUUGACAGUGUAGGUUCACUUGUUCAGGGUGUGCCCAAAAAAGAGGCAGAAGCUGGACCCCACAGGGUGUAA